AUGGCUCCCACUAGGGACUACUACGCUGAUCUGGAGCUGCCCACCACUGCAGACGUUACCGAGGUCAAGAAGCAAUUCAGGAAACUAGCGCUCAAGUACCACCCCGAUCGCAAUCCUGGCAAAGAGCAGGAAGUCAACUCCAAGUUCCAAAUCAUCCAAUCCGCCCACGAGGUCCUCUCCGACCCUCAGCAGAAGGCGAAAUACGAUGCGACGCUCAGUCGGACAAACAGGGUAGGCGCUUCGGGCGUCAAGGGCAACCCGUGGGCGAACGUUAGCCAGCAAUUUCCGACGCCUCCUCGCCGCAACGCUGCCGCACGCAAUGCGACGUCAGGGGCGCAGCGAUGGCAGACUCGAUUCUCCAAUGGUGUUCCUCCCACGGCCAAGCAAGGCGCCGCAGCCGAUCCAGAGGCGAAGAAGAACGCCGCCCGAGCCUUCGAAAAUAUGCGCAAGAGCCAGUCCCAUGGAAGCAGCAAGAACGCGCAGAAAGAAGCUCGCCCAUCACAGCCUCCUCCACCUCCACCCCGGACGGAGACGGCCAGACAGCGGGCGGAAGCCUCGUUUGGGGCGAGAAAAUCUGGGUACCAGCCACGCGCAGCGGCGCCUGGGGACGAGCCCCCAUUCUCUGCGGCGAGUUACUACACGAGGAUGAACGCAGACCAGCGACAGCCGCCUCCGCCUCCUCCCCGGAAAGCCCAGGAUGGCCCUAUGCCCGAUCCUCUUAGCCAGUUCCGAGACCGCGAUGCCUUUGCAGACGCCCGACAGAGCACGCCAUACACAUCGCACGGUGGCGAGAAGACAAAUCCGUUUGACGGCGUGCCUCUUGGCCGCGCCAAGAGCUCUGGGAGCUCAUACCGUAGGGAGGAGCCGUCCGACUCGGAUGAUAGAAACGGAGGGAACCGCAGCUCUAGCGUCCCCAAAUCCGGUCUCCAUACGCCACAGGAAGAUGCUCUUCCGACAUACACCGCCGACGAGACAGGCGGCGACACGUCUUUCAAAGCCAGGGCUAACGCCAGCAAUUUCUACGGGAGCCUUGACCCAACUUCAGAUGCUCCGAACCAGACCGAGCCUCAAGGCCAGGAUGCCAGCGGCCCAUCAUUGUAUGCCACUCCUUAUGAUUUGCCGUCAGUUGCGUGUUCUUCAUUUUCAAAUUGUGACGGCAGACACCCCGGAUGUCUGAACUACGGCAGAUGGGUUUUUCAUGAGUAUGAAAUAAGCCAUGACUUCAACGCCAGCGAAGUCCACCGCCAGAAUCCGGCUUCUAGUGGAGACCAGGAAAGCUUCCAGAAUCUCAGUCCUUUCGAGCUGCGGCAGCACCUGCUUCUCGAUCACUUGAUAAAGAACAAGGGGGCCGACGGUUCGCCUGAAAAGGACAGGAUGCAUGCAGCCAGCUCAACCCCAGACUCGCAUGAUACGAGGGACUCUGCUGACCAAACUCUUGUGGGUAGCUUCAAUUUUCCCGUGGGCGACGGCACUACCGAGCACAAAUCGCCGACCACGGGCCAGAAUCCGUUUGCCAAGACCAGCGUCGAUGACAUCAACACGCAGUUUGUCAAUGACGAAAGGGAAAACACGUGGCAGUUCAGUGCCGGGAGUGGAGAGCCACAGGAGGGACGUACUCAUAGUCGCCCUUCGUCGGGCGGCAGAAGCACGCGCCGCUCGCCGUUGAAGCGGCCGUCGAUGCGACGACCCGAGCCCGAGCCUCCGGCUCCUCAAACGCAAGCCGAGACGAAGCCGACUGGGUUCAACGCUGAUGAAUGGGAGUUUGGACCACAGGCAUUUGUCCCGCCACCAACGUCCGGCAACCCGGCCUCGCCCACGCGCCGUGCGAACUCUAAGAAGGUCAAGGCCAGGCCGACGGCAGGUAGUGCAGCCAUUGUCGACGAAGACUCCAGCGAAGGUGAGACGUACGAAUGGCGCGGCCGCAGUGCUGGGACAAAGCAGACGCCGGUAGAUAGCCCUCAAGCCAUGGAUAUCGACUCGCCUCCAACGGGACCAACGGCCGCCCCCUCGAGCGAUUUCAACAACGCGCGCAACAUACCCGUUGAGCCUACGCGGCCCGAAUGGCGGCCCGGAAACGUCGAUGCCGUGACUGGGGACGGCAAACCUCAGCGGCCGGAGAAGAUACCCCUCGAUCCGAACACAAUGGGAUCAGAGGACAGCGAUGAUAUCCGCGCUAGCUUUGCGGAUCUGAAGAACGUGGCUCCAUUUGCCCGCGAACAGUCCGGUCUGCGAUCCCUGGAUGCUCUCAAGGACAGCCUGCCAUUUGAGAGCAAAGCAUCGGAGGAGAUACCGAUCAAGAAGCCCAAGGCACCGCCCCUUGACUUCCCGCCUCCUCCCGAGGCACCACGGCUGCCACCUACUGUGGCAAUUGAGGGGAUGAAGCCGAACGCGGCCUCGUGGAGCAAGUAUCUUGAAGACUUCGAGACGUACCUGCAAGAGUGGGACAACUUUAACGGCCAAGUAGUAGACCACUUUGCCACGCGCAACUUCAAUAUUUCUUCCAUCAGAGCCGCCAAGGGCUAUGCCUUCUUGGGGGCUCGCAGCGACAGCGACAUUCAGAGUUAUAUGCAUUGGGUCCAACAGGACAACGACGUCCGGCGGCGAUGGAGUGCGGCUUGCGAGGAGCAUGAGAAGCGACUCGGCGAGUUCAUGGCGUUCAGAGAGAAGAUGAAGUAG